CUCUAGACUCAACCCGCCCCAGAGCACAGCUUCGCCGAGCCCACCUGGUCCCCAUCCCGGCCUUGGCAAUGACCCUGGCGGCUUCCUCCCAGCGUUCCCAAAUCAUUCGCUCCAAGUUCCGAUCUGUCCUCCAGCUUCGGAUCCACAGACGGAAUCAGGAGCAGAUCUCGGAUCCGGACCCGUGGAUCUCAGCCUCAGACCCUCCUCUGGCCCCGGCCUUGCCCUCGGGCACGGCCCCUUUCCUCUUCAGCCCUGGGGUCCUGCACCCCGAGCCAGAAUAUUGUCCUCCUUGGAGGUCCCCAAAGAAGGAGUCUCCCAAGAUCUCCCAACGUUGGAGGGAGUCCAAGCCCAGGGGGAACUUGACAUACCACCAGUACAUGCCCCCAGAGCCGAGACAGGGAUCCAGGGCAGACCCCCAAGCCGAGGGGUCCGCCCUGGGUCCUCCCGGGCCAUCUCUGUGGGAAGGGACAGACUCGCAGCAGCCACAUCCUAGGAUGAAGCCCUCUCCCCUCACUCCCUGCCCACCAGGAGUCCCUAGCCCCUCGCCCCCCCCACACAAGUUGGAACUUCAGACCCUUAAACUGGAGGAGCUGACGGUCUCAGAGCUCCGGCAGCAGCUGCGCCUGCGGGGCCUCCCAGUGUCGGGGACCAAGUCUAUGCUCCUGGAGCGCAUGCGCGGCGGCGCGCCGCCCCGCGAGCGGCCGAAGCCGCGGCGCGAGGACAGUCCCGCGGGUGCUCCCUGGCCGCGCCUCAAGCCCAAGGCCCUGGCAGCCGCCCGGCGUCAGGGCUCGGUCAAGCCCAGCGCAGCAUCUCACAGGCCACCUCUUCCACGUGCCGCGGAUACCCCGGGGACGGCUCCGGCUCCAACUCCCACUCCGGCUCCUGCUGCAGCUCCAGCCCUGACCCCUUCCUCAGCGCCGGGCUCAGCGGCUCUGACUCUGGAGGAGGAGCUGCAGGAAGCGAUCCGGAGGGCGCAGUUGCUUCCUAACCGGGGCAUCGAUGACAUCCUGGAGGAUCAGGUGGAGCCUGAUGACCCCCUGCCCCCUAUUCCCCUGGACUUCCCUGGCUCCUUCGACGUGCUGUCCCCCUCCCCGGACUCUGAAGGCCUCUCAUCUGUUUUCUCCUCUUCACUCCCGUCUCCCACGAACUCCUCCUCCCCUUCUCCCAGGGACCCCACGGACUCCCUGGACUGGCUGGAGGCCCUGAGUGGGGGUCCUCCUCUGGGUUCUGGUCCCCCACCCCCCAGCAUCUUCUCCGCUGACUUAUCUGACUCCAGCAGCAGCCGGCUGUGGGACCUGCUGGAGGAUCCAUGGUGAUGGAUUCUAGGAUUUACAGAGACAGAGAACUGGUGGGGGUGGAGAGAAGCUCCUUGUGGGAGGAGAGGGAACUACCAGCAGAGCCCCUCCUACCGCAGACACAGGAUCGGAGACAACCUCCAACCCCACCUGCCUCCUGAAGUGCUGCUGACAUGCAACUGCCUUAACUUUGCCUACCUGGCCUCCUUAUGAUCCCCCUCCGGCGUGGUAUGGUUGGGGGGCUUCUUUUGCUGCUGGCCACGGCAAACAAGCUGCUUGCUGCUUCCUUCAGAGACCUCAUGGAUGUUCUUACAUGCCCCCGACCCCGGUAGAUGGCUCCCUGUUGUUUGGGGAGCCUGGAAGGUGGUUAUGCCUUUUGGAUGCAGGAGAGGAGCAAGAAAGAGGGAGAGGGAGAAUGGGGGAGCCAGACCCUGACCUCCCUGGGUUCUGGUUGGAGAUGAAAAAAUUAGAAGCAUCAGGUCUAAGAUUAGCUUCUCUUGGAAGCAGAGCCUGAGACAAGAUAUCAAUGCCAGUCAUUUAUUAAAGAAGUGUUCUCGCUGGGUGCGAUGGCUCAUGCCUGCAAUCCCAGCACUUUGGGAGGCUGAGGCAAGCGGAUCACCUGAGGUCAGGAGUUCGAGACCAGCCUGGCCAACAUGGUGAAACCCUGUCUCCACCAAAAACACACACACACACAAAAAUUAGCUGGGCAUGGUGGCACAUGCCUGGAAUCCCAGCUACUUGGGAAGUUGAGGCAGGAGAAUCGCUUGAACCCGGGAGGCAGAGGUUGUGGUGAGCUAAGACCGCUCCAUUGCACUCCAGCCUGGGCAACAGGAGCAAAACUCCAUCUUAAAAAAAAAAAGAGAGAGAAAAAGAAAGAAAUGUUCCCAGGAUAAACCAGUAGAAGAGUGGGGAAAACAGGACAGCACAGGGGAAGAGGAGCAAGAGGUGACUUCAGGUGAAGUUCCAACCUCAGCCUAAUCCUGCAGGGAGCUCCAGAGCACAAAUUAAGUUGUGGAGUCUUUCCUGUCUUGGGACACAUGGAACUGGGCCUUUGUGUCUCCCUGUUUGAGCUUAUUAUAGCCAAACAACAAACCAGGCUCAGUGGCAAACGCCUGUAAUCCCAGCACUUGGGAAGCUGAGGCAGGCAGAUCACUUGAGGCCAAGAAUUCAAGACCAGCCUGGCCAACAUGGUGAAACCCGUCUCUACUAAAAAUACAUAAAAACUGGGCUGGGCACGGUGGCUCACGCCUGUAAUCCCAGCACUUUGGGAGGCCAAGGCGGGCGGAUCACGAGGUCAGGAGAUCGAGACCGUCCUGGCUAACACGGUGAAACCCUGUCUCUACUAAAAAUACAAAAAAAUUAGCUGGGUAUGGUGGCGUGUGCCUGUAGUCCCAGCUACUCGGGAGGCUGAGGCAGGAAAAUGGCGUGAACCCGUGAGGCGGAGCUUGCAGUGAUCUGAGAUUGUGCCACCACACUCUAGCCUGGGCGACAGAGCGAGACUCCGUCUCAAAAAAAAAAAAAAAAAAAAAAAACUAGCCAGGUAUGGUGGUGGGAGCCUGUAAUCCCAGCUACUUGAGAGGCUGAGGCAGGAGAAUCACUUGAAACCACGAGGUGGAGGCUGCAGUGAGCUGAGAUCAUGCCACUUCACUCCAGCCUGGGCAACAGAGUGCUACUCCAUCUCAAAACAAACAAACAAACAAACAACAAAAACCCACACCACCCCAAAACUUAGAGUUGUAAAACAAUAACUAUCUAUGAUUGCUCACAAAUGCAUGGGUUGACUGGGCUCAGCAGGGCAGUUCUUCAGUUCCAUGUGAUGUUGGCUAGAGCUGCAGUCAUCUCAGGGCCCACCUGGGCUAGCACAUACAAGAUGGCACAUCAAAUGUGUGUGGCACCGUGGUGGGGAUAGCAUGAAGGCUGGGCCCAGCUGGGUUGUGCAGUGUGACACUCCAUGCAGUGUCAGCACUGUCCCUCUGUGGCCUCUCCCCCAGGGUAACUAGAUUUCUUGCAUGAUAGCUCAGGGCUCCCAAGAGUGAGUAUUCCAAGAGCAGGGAGCAGAAGCUACCAGUCUCUUAAAGACUAGGCUUGAAACUGGCACAAUUUCUCUUCCACUGUAUUUUAUAAUUAAUGCAAGUCAGGCAAGCCCACGUUAAAUAUGGGAGGGCACUAUACAAAUCUGUGAAUAUCAGGGACGUGCUCACUAGGGGCUACAUCUGGAGACUUGCCACUAUACCACCCCUAGUCAGUCAUGAGCCAUGGGUCACAGAGGGAGGGAGGAAUGACAUAAACUCCCAGGAACCUCCAGCCCAAGGGCAGUCCUGGGAAGAACGUCAUAGGGUAAGUUGUUAGCAGCAAAAUGUUUUAAAAUGUAGGUUUUGGCCGGGCGCGGUGGCUCAUGCCUGUAAUGCCAGCACUUUGGGAGGCUGACACGGGCAGAUCAUGAGGUCAGGAGUUCGAGACCAGCCUGGCCAACGUGGUGAAAUCCUGUCUCUACUAAAAGUACAAAAAUUAGCUGGGCGUGGUGGCAUGCGCCUUUAAUCCCAGCUACUCAGGAGGCUGAGGCAGGAGAAUUGCUUGAAUCUGGGAGGUAGAGGUUGCAGUGAGCCGAGAUCGCGCCACUGCACUCCAGCCUGGGUGACAGAGUGAGACUCCAUCUCAAAAAAAAAAAAAAAAAAAAAAAAAAAAAGGUUUCAGGGCCAAACACUGUGGUUCAUACCUGUAGUCCCAGCUACUCUGGAGGCUGAGGCAGGAGGAUAACUUGAGCCUUGAAGUUUGAGGUUGCAGUGAGCUAUGAUUGCACCAGUGCACUCCAGCCUGGGCAACAGAUAAAGACCCUGUGUUUCAAAAAAAAAAAAAAAAAGAUUGGG